AUGCAGCAAAGAAUUACUCCUCGAUAUUUCAUCAACAAAACUAUAUCGAAUAUUAAUAAACCUGAUAAGUAAUAUUAAUUCAGAAAGAUAAUUGGAGAGGGUUAUGAAGGUUAUGUAUUUGAAGCUGUCCAGAUUCAUUAAAUGAAAAUUGAGAAAUUAGUCGCUCUUAAAUUGCUAUUUAGAAGAAGUUAGAAUGAGAUUGAUAUAAUCAAUAAACUAAUAGAGAAAUAAACCCAUAAACACAUAAUAAGGUUUUUUGAUCAUUUUGAAUAUGAAAAAUAUUACAUAAUUGUAAUGGAAUUAGGUACUUUAGAUCUUUAUAGAUACAUUCAAUAAUAAUAAAACUUUUUAGAUUCAGAAAAGAUAAACCUUUGUAAAAAGAUUAGUUACUGUGUUCAAGAAUUUCAUUCGCUCGGUUUGAUUCAUUGUGACAUCAAACCUGAGAACUUUUUAUUAAUUGAUAACUCAUUCAAGUUAUGUGAUAUGGGGUUUGUGAGAACUUAAAAUUAAGAAAUAAUAUAGAAUAUUGGAACUCCAGCUUUUUAGGCUAUAGAAAUGAUUCAAGAUAAAGUGAUCAUAAAUAAUAAAGUGGAUAUAUGGUCGUUGGGAUGUGUAUUUUAUGAAAUCUUCACAAAGGAGUAAUUGUUUGAAGGAGAGAAAAUAAGAGAUCAAAUAAUGAAUUAUGGAGUUGAUUAAGCAGAGAUAUUAAAUAAAAUCGAAAAGAUCGCAAUAGACAAAUCUGUUUUAUCUUUAAUGAAAUAAAUGAUUCACCCAUCUCAAAGUGUGCGUCCAAUGAUAGAUUAGAUAAUAAAAUAACUUGAAGAAUUAUGUGAGCAAAAUAAAAUAAAAGAAAACAAAUAGGUAGAUUGGAUAGAUUGA